AUGAGUUCUGGCGACGGCCCACUCUACCUGGGUUUUGACCUGUCGACCCAGCAGCUCAAGGCCAUCGUCGUCAACUCAGACCUCCAAACCGUCGCACAGGCCAAGGUGGACUUUGACGGUGACUUUGGCGAGAAGUAUGCCGUGAAGAAGGGCGUCCACGUCCGCGAAGAGACAGGUGAGGUCUACGCCCCUGUGGCCAUGUGGAUGGAGUCUGUCGACCUUGUCCUCUCCCGCCUGAGGGACGCCAUGGGAUCCAUCCCCAUGGACCGCAUAAAGGCUCUCAGCGGCUCCGGCCAGCAGCACGGGAGCGUCUACCUCAGCAAGGAUGCCGAGGGGCUCCUGGCCAACCUCGACCCGUCCAAGGCGCUGGUCGAGCAGCUCGCUCCCUCCCUGGCCCACAGAUGGGCCCCCAACUGGCAGGACCAGAGCACGCAGGCUGAGUGUGAUGCCUUCGACGCCAAGCUCGGCGGUCGCGAGAAGCUAGCCGAUGUCACCGGUAGUGGUGCCCAUCAUCGCUUCACCGGCCCCCAGAUCAUGCGUCAGCGUCGCGUCAACCCGGAAAUGUACGCCAGCACGGCGCGCAUCUCGCUCGUAUCGUCGUGGCUCGCUUCGAUCCUCUUGGGCGCCAUCGCCCCUCUCGACAUCAGCGACGUGUGCGGCAUGAACCUGUGGGACAUUGCCAAGGACCAGUACAGCCAGGAGCUUCUCCUCCUGACGGCCGGUGGUGACGCCGAGGCCGCCAAGGAUCUGAGAGCCAAGCUGGGCGAGCCUCGCGCCGAUGGUGGCGGCUCCAUGGGUGCGGUGUCCCCCUACUUUGUAUCCAAGUACGGCUUCAGCCCUGACUGCCAGGUCUCCCCAUUCACGGGCGAUAAUCCGGCCACGAUCCUCGCGCUCCCGCUGCGACCCCUCGACGCCAUCGUCUCCCUCGGCACGUCGACCACCUUCCUGAUGAACACGCCGACGUACAAACCCGACGGGUCCUAUCACUUCUUCAACCACCCCACCACGCGCGGCAACUACAUGUUCAUGCUAUGCUACAAGAACGGCGGGCUCGCACGCGAAAAGGUGCGCGACGAACUGCCCAAGCCCGAGCCUGCUGCCGGCGGCGGCGGCGGCAACACGGGCUGGGAGACGUUCAACAAGGCCGUCCUCGAGAGCCCCCCUCUCGGCGUGGCCAAGGACGGCGACCGCGCCAAGAUGGGUCUCUACUUCUACCUGCGCGAGGUGGUGCCCAACAUCCGGCCGGGCACGUUCCACUUCACCUGCAACCCUUCCGACGGAUCCGACCUGGCAGAGGAGGGGGCCGGCAGCCGAUGGGACCCCGCCACCGACGCGCGCGCCAUCGUCGAGUCGCAGGCCCUGUCCAUGCGCCUCCGCUCGCAGAAGCUGGUCCACGCCCCCGAUCCCCAGGGCCUGCUCCCGGCCCAGCCCCGGCGCAUCUACCUCGUCGGCGGAGGCUCUCUCAACCCGGCCAUUGCCCGCGUCAUAGGUGACGUGCUCGGUGGUGUAGACGGCGUCUACAAGCUCGAUGUCGGGGGCAGCGCCUGCGCCCUCGGUGGAGCGUACAAGGCUCUCUGGUCCAUCGAGAGGGAGGGCGACGAGACGUUCGACGAGCUCAUCGGCAAACGAUGGAAGGAGGAGGGAGCCAUCGAGAAGGUCGACCAGGGAUUCCGCGACGGCGUUUACCAGAAGUACGGCAACGUGCUAGGUGCCUUUGAGAAGAUGGAGCAUCUCCUCCUGGCGCAGGAGGGCAAGACUCCCAAUGGUGAUGAUCUGAAUUACACUGCCAACAAGAAAUAG